AUGAACCAGGAAAACCAAAAACCACGUCGAAUUUUCAAUGAAAAUAAAGAACGAAUUCUUAAAAAUAUGACUAAACGAGCGACAGAUCCUGUUUUCCAUGGCUACCCUAAAACUAUAGAAGAAUUGUGGCACGAGAAAUUUCUCAAGUUAGAUGGAGCUUUUGACCAAACACCGUCCCUCAUACUUUUAAUACAAAAUGUCACACUGACUUAUUUAAAUGAUUGUACUCCAGUUCUCCUUUACGACAGUCAGAUAAAGUCAGCCAAUACGUAUCUUUUUCAAAAUUUAUUCAAAACGUUUCCGGUGUCCUUUGUACAUGGCUAUAUUGACAGCACUGAUGCGUUACAGGAGCCGAAACUGUUACAUCCAAAACAGGAGUGUUUGCAUUUCAUAUUAUUUUUAAAUGAUGUUAAAAGGAGUGCUAAGAUAUUAGGAAAACAACCUAAAAGUAAAGUGGUUGUGGUAGCCAAUGCCUCACAAUGGGCAGUACAAGAGUUCUUAUCGAGUCCACAAUCUAGAGUUUUCAUUGAUUUACUUGUUAUUGGUCAAAGCUUUAAAGAUGAUGACAAUACACUGGAAGCACCAUACAUACUGUAUACUCAUAAUUUGUACACGGAUGGAUUGGGCUCUAGCGAACCACGCAUUCUUGUAUCCUGGACUCAUGGAAAGUUUUCGAGAAAUGUAAACUUGUUCCCAACCAAAAUGUCUGAGGGGUACGCUGGGCACAGAUUUCUUAUAGCUGCAGCUAAUCAACCUCCAUAUGUGUUCAAGAGGUCGACACUCAAUACUAAGAGCGGCGUUUCUCAAACGACUUGGGAUGGUGUGGAAAUAAGAAUUCUUAAGAUAUUAGCUGAAAGGAAUAACUUCUCAAUAGAAAUUGUUGAAUCACGGGAUCCAAAUUUGGGACCUGGUGAUGCAGUAGCUAAAGAAGUAGCCUUAGGGAAAGCUGAUGUAGGAGUUGCUGGACUGUAUGUAACGAGCGAAAGGAUGAGAGAUAUGGAUUUAAGCUUUGGACAUUCUCAGGAUUGCGCUGUUUUUGUUACUCUUACAUCAACUGCGCUACCACGAUAUCGUGCGAUCCUGGGUCCCUUCCAUUGGCAUGUUUGGGUUGCAUUAACAUUCACAUAUUUGAUUGGAAUUUUUCCUUUAGCAUUUUCUGAUAAACACACCUUACGACAUUUAAUUAAUAACAGCGGUGAAGUGGAAAAUAUGUUUUGGUAUGUUUUUGGAACAUUCACAAAUUGCUUCACUUUUGUUGGAAAGAACUCUUGGAGUAAAACGACAAAAAUUACAACUAGGUUGUUAAUUGGAUGGUACUGGCUCUUUACAAUUAUCAUUACGAGUUGCUACACAGGAUGCAUAAUUGCGUUCGUAACUUUGCCAAUUUACCCCGAAACUGUAGAUACCAUUCAGCAGUUAUUGAGUGGGUUUUACCGGGUCGGGACAUUAGAUAAAGGCGGGUGGGAAAGAUGGUUUGUAAACUCAUCAGACCAAAUGACAAACAAACUUCUAAAGAAAGUGGAAUUAGUUCCUGAUAUACAAACAGGCAUUCGAAAUAUAACGAAGGCAUUUUUCUGGCCGUAUGCCUUUUUAGGAUCGAAGGCAGAACUCGAAUACCUUAUACAGUCAAAUUUUUCCAAGUCAGAAUCAAAGCGGGCCGUUCUCCAUAUAUCUAAUGAAUGCUUUGUCCCAUUUGGUGUGACAAUAAGCUUUCCGAAUAACUCUAUAUACACAACAAAAUUGAGUAACGAUAUAAGGAAACUGUUACAAACAGGAAUUAUCGACAAAAUUACUGAUGAAGUCCGCUGGGAAAUACAAAGAAGUAGUACAGGAAAGCUUUUAUCGGUAAAAUCAUCAAGCCUAUCAUCGAAUUCUCUAGAAGAAAAAGGGUUGACGCUAGAGGAUACGCAAGGCAUGUUCCUUUUACUUGGCGCCGGGUUCCUCAUAGCAACUACAGCUUUAUUAUCAGAAUGGAUGGGAGGCUUCACGCGAAGGUGUCGGAAUAUACGACCGCUGAGUUCUACUACCCAGGAAAAUAUAACCAAUACAUGUUAUCCUGAAGUAUUGGCAGACAUCGAUAAUAAACCACAAAUAAAUACAAGGUCUGCAAGCAUAGAAUCUACGGAUACCCUCGAUAGUCAGGUAUUACAUUUUAAUCAAGAAUCGAUUGUGGUGCAUAACAAUGCUGAUGAUUCCACGUGGGAUUCUAGACUCUCAAGUUCCGUCGAUUUAGACAAGGAAAUCCAAAACAUAUUCAUGAAAGAUGAAAAACCUUUUCGUUGUGAGAAACGAAAAAUAGAUAUGACAAAAUCAAAGUCGAUUGAAAAAUCGAGACAAGAUACAGCUUCAAAUGUCUUUGGUGACCAUAUCACUGAAUAAAAGCAUUUUAUCUAACUUAAGGGUGUAUAUACUAAAAUAAUAUACGAAAUUGACAUCCAACUCUUUAUUAUCCUUCGAACAGUCAUCAAAAUAAUUUAUAACAAUUUUCUAACACUGUCCAUUAACAUUAAUAUUUCAUUCAGCCACUGAGAUGUUUAUUAUUCAUUUAUACAAAUGGCAGAACCACAUCUGCUGCGCAAAAUACGCUGCCGUAAGACCUAGAUAAUGCAUUAUUGGGCCCGGCCACAUCUUACAAAAUAAUUACACAUUAUGACUUAACCCGUGUGAUACCUUCGAAAUAUCGAGAGUUUCGCCACGGCUAGCAGUAAAAAUAUCGAUAAAAUACAACAGAUUUUGCAUUCUUUGUAAAUUCAAACGAAAAUAUAACUAGUACCUACCUAAGCAAUAUUGUUAUCUCUGAUGUAUUGCACAACUGCUGUUACGAGUGAUUAAGUGGGAAAUCGACUGAGUAUUCAUAAAGGAUAUGUAUUAUAGUCCUACAUACUAUCUGGGUUGUUCUCGCUAGCUGUGAGACAAUAGCAAAGUCGAAAAACAAGAAAAACA